AUGGCUGCCGAAACCAGCGUCCUUCCCUUACCGACUGUCGACCAUGCCUUCGCCAAGGUCGAGCCUCUUGUUUCCAGUCCACCGGCUCCCGUGCGCUUCGAUCCUGCCCAGCACCUUUGCUUCGAGCCUCCAAAGAGCAUCAUUACUUUGAAGGAGUUGCUGUUGUCGGAAAAGGAUGCAAUCUCGCCCGUCGCCAUCACUGAGCCGUUCCCCUUAUUCACCCUUGAAGGUGUCAAGCAGAUGCGGGCGGACCUCUUCCGCAAAGAGAUCGUGAACAAGCAUGGCAACAGGACGAAGAAGAAUUGCUACAAGAUGAGGGGAUACUCUGAAGACACGCCUUUCGUCGAUGCCGCAUGGCGCAGCAAAGAAGUCAUCAAGGCUUGCUCUGAAGCCGCGGGGGUUGAUCUCGAUGUUGUCUUCGACUACGAAAUCGCCCAUAUCAACGUCCAAGUAGACGCUUUGGAGGAUGGCAUGCCGCUAGAUGCUGCGCUGCCGCCUGCAAUGCCUCCCAACCAGGCACUCCACACUCUCCCUCCAGCUGUCGACCAGUCUGAGGAGCUUGCGUCCGUUGGUCGAUGGCACACAGACUCGUAUCCAUGGGUCUGCGUUUGCAUGCUGUCUGACCCGUCUAACAUGAUUGGGGGUGAAACUGGCCUUAGAAAAGGGGACGGUUCCAUUGCCAAGAUCAGAGGCCCGCAGGUUGGCUGGGCUGUAAUGAUGCAAGGAGGUUGUAUCGAGCACAUCGCGUUGAGAGCCAUCGGCACAGGUGAGCGCGUCACCAUGGUCACUUCGUUCCGUCCUCGAGAUCCGAGCCUGAAGGACGUCAGCAAUCUCGGAAAUGUCAAGAAAAGUAGUCGUUGGGACCAACUUUUCAAGCAGUGGUCGACUUAUCGCCUCGAUGUUCUCGAGAAGCGUGCUCGACUACUGAGAGAGCGUAUUGCAAAUGGUGACUUAUCUGGAGACGAGAUCGCUAAGCUGGUCGCCCUAUGGAACGAAGAACAGAUUGCGUAUAUGAAUCACACCGCGGUUGAGAUGGUGGGCCCUGGAAAUGAAGGCUCGCAGGAUUAA